UCAAGAUUUGAAGAGAAGGGUUUGUUUGGGGGCGUUUCCCUUGUCUUAUCUCUGUGUGAGCAUAUGCUAGGCUUGAAUUUAUUUUGACCCUGCCAUUUUAAAUUUGGAACUGAAGCAAGAGUUUAAAGUACAACGGAAGAGAGUCUGCAGAACUUUAGCCAUGAGGGACCCAGGAAGGAAGAGCCUGGCCCAGUUAGAGAAUCUGUGCAAACAGCUGUAUGAAACCACAGAUACAACCACUCGACUCCAGGCAGAGAAAGCCUUGGUUGAAUUCACCAACAGUCCCGAUUGCCUGAGCAAGUGCCAGCUACUCCUUGAAAGGGGGAGUUCCUCAUACUCCCAGUUACUGGCAGCUACUUGCCUUACAAAGCUUGUAUCACGCACAAACAACCCUCUACCAUUGGAACAACGAAUAGAUAUUCGGAACUAUGUACUCAACUACCUUGCCACUCGGCCAAAGUUGGCCACUUUCGUGACACAAGCACUUAUUCAGUUAUAUGCCAGAAUCACAAAGCUGGGCUGGUUUGACUGUCAGAAGGAUGACUACGUCUUCAGAAAUGCAAUCACAGACGUCACAAGGUUUUUACAGGAUAGUGUUGAAUACUGCAUCAUUGGCGUCACAAUUUUAUCUCAGCUAACCAAUGAAAUUAAUCAAGUAAGUGCUACAGCCUUCCUCAUUGAAGCAGACACCACCCAUCCUUUAACCAAGCACAGGAAAAUAGCCUCUUCUUUCCGAGAUUCAUCAUUAUUUGAUAUCUUCACACUUUCCUGCAAUUUACUAAAACAGGCUUCUGGAAAGAAUCUAAACUUGAAUGAUGAAAGUCAGCAUGGUUUGCUCAUGCAACUACUCAAACUCACUCAUAACUGCCUGAACUUUGAUUUCAUUGGCACAUCUACUGAUGAGUCCUCGGAUGACCUCUGCACAGUACAGAUUCCCACCAGCUGGAGAUCAGCAUUCUUAGAUUCUUCAACUCUGCAGCUGUUUUUUGACCUGUAUCAUUCCAUCCCUCCUUCAUUUUCACCUCUGGUAUUAUCCUGCUUAGUACAGAUUGCCUCGGUCAGAAGGUCCCUGUUUAACAAUGCAGAGAGGGCCAAGUUUCUCUCUCAUCUUGUUGAUGGUGUUAAACGAAUACUGGAAAAUCCACAGAGUUUAUCAGACCCAAACAAUUACCAUGAGUUUUGCAGACUACUGGCCCGACUGAAGAGUAACUAUCAACUGGGAGAAUUAGUAAAGGUGGAAAACUAUCCUGAGGUCAUCCGAUUGAUAGCUAACUUCACAGUGACCAGCCUACAGCACUGGGAAUUUGCCCCAAAUAGUGUGCACUAUCUCCUGAGCCUAUGGCAGCGGCUGGCAGCCUCUGUGCCAUAUGUGAAAGCCACAGAGCCCCACAUGCUGGAAACUUAUACUCCUGAAGUCACCAAAGCCUACAUCACAUCCCGUUUGGAAUCUGUGCACAUCAUACUGAGGGAUGGACUGGAAGAUCCUCUGGAAGACACAGGUCUGGUCCAGCAGCAGUUGGACCAGCUGUCUACAAUUGGGCGUUGUGAAUACGAGAAGACGUGUGCACUCCUCGUGCAGUUGUUUGACCAGUCGGCCCAGUCCUAUCAGGAGCUGCUGCAGAGCGCCAGUGCCAGCCCAAUGGAUAUUGCAGUGCAGGAGGGAAGGCUGACGUGGCUGGUUUAUAUCAUUGGUGCAGUGAUUGGUGGCCGGGUCUCUUUCGCCAGCACUGAUGAGCAAGAUGCUAUGGAUGGUGAGCUCGUCUGUCGGGUGCUCCAGCUGAUGAACCUCACAGAUUCUCGCCUGGCUCAGGCAGGCAACGAGAAGCUAGAACUGGCCAUGCUGAGCUUUUUUGAACAGUUUCGUAAGAUCUACAUUGGGGACCAGGUGCAAAAAUCCUCUAAGCUGUACCGCCGACUCUCAGAAGUUCUGGGGUUGAAUGAUGAGACCAUGGUCCUAAGCGUCUUCAUCGGAAAAAUCAUCACCAACCUCAAGUACUGGGGCCGCUGUGAACCAAUCACCUCCAAGACACUACAGCUUCUCAAUGACCUCUCCAUUGGAUACAGUAGUGUAAGGAAACUAGUGAAACUGAGUGCGGUACAGUUCAUGCUGAACAAUCACACGAGUGAGCACUUUUCAUUUUUGGGUAUUAACAAUCAGUCCAACCUGACAGACAUGCGAUGUCGGACUACCUUCUACACAGCACUUGGGCGUCUCCUCAUGGUGGAUUUAGGAGAGGAUGAAGAUCAGUAUGAGCAGUUCAUGCUGCCACUCACAGCAGCAUUUGAGGCUGUGGCCCAGAUGUUUAGCACGAAUAGUUUCAAUGAGCAAGAGGCAAAGCGAACUCUAGUUGGCCUGGUAAGAGACCUGAGAGGGAUAGCUUUUGCCUUCAAUGCCAAGACCAGCUUCAUGAUGCUGUUUGAAUGGAUAUACCCAUCCUACAUGCCGAUUCUUCAGCGGGCAAUUGAGCUGUGGUACCAUGAUCCGGCCUGUACCACACCUGUGCUCAAGCUGAUGGCUGAAUUAGUUCAUAACAGAUCCCAGCGACUCCAGUUUGAUGUCUCUUCCCCCAAUGGCAUUUUACUCUUCAGAGAAACUAGCAAGAUGAUCACAAUGUAUGGCAAUCGCAUCCUGACACUAGGAGAGGUCCCAAAGGAUCAGGUCUAUGCACUGAAGCUCAAGGGCAUUUCCAUCUGCUUCUCCAUGCUGAAGGCUGCUCUCAGUGGGAGUUAUGUCAACUUUGGAGUCUUUCGUCUCUAUGGAGACGAUGCCCUGGACAAUGCUCUCCAGACCUUCAUCAAGCUGCUUCUCUCCAUUCCCCACAGUGAUCUCCUGGAUUACCCCAAGCUCAGCCAGUCUUACUAUUCACUACUGGAAGUCCUGACACAGGACCACAUGAACUUUAUUGCUAGCCUGGAACCUCACGUCAUCAUGUAUAUUCUCUCUUCCAUAUCUGAAGGACUUACUGCACUUGACACCAUGGUAUGCACAGGCUGCUGCUCCUGCCUGGACCACAUUGUGACAUACCUCUUCAAGCAGCUGUCGCGUAGCACCAAGAAGAGGACAACACCUCUGAACCAGGAGAGUGACCGCUUUCUGCAUAUCAUGCAGCAACAUCCAGAGAUGAUCCAGCAGAUGUUGUCAACAGUGCUGAACAUCAUCAUCUUUGAAGACUGUAGGAACCAAUGGUCUAUGUCCCGACCCCUACUUGGCUUGAUACUACUUAAUGAAAAGUAUUUUUCUGACCUAAGGAACAGUAUCGUGAACAGCCAGCCUCCAGAGAAGCAGCAGGCUAUGCAUUUGUGUUUUGAAAACUUGAUGGAGGGCAUAGAGCGAAAUCUUCUAACAAAAAACAGAGACAGGUUCACCCAGAACCUGUCAGCAUUCCGUCGAGAAGUCAACGACUCGAUGAAGAAUUCCACUUAUGGCGUGAAUAGCAAUGACAUGAUGAGCUGACACCUCCUCGGACUCUACUGUACAGAGCAGCAUCCCUUUGGUCUGGCCCAGAGGGGCAAACAAUUACAAGGGAGAGGGCCUGGCUGAUCCCGGCUCCCUCCUCCAGGAGUGUGGGGCAAAUGGCAGAUGUCAACUAGCUGUUUCCCCAGGGAAUUAGGGGUGUGAGUGCACUCACUAGGGGGCAGGACGCUGCUGGUUCUUGGGGGAUGGGGUGGGAAGGGUGGUGGGAGGAGAUAGAGACACAAAUAUGUGAGACUCCAGCCCCCUCUCCUGGGGCCACCCAAAGGCGAAGAACCCCCAGUGUCCUGCCACAACCUGCCUUGUAAAAACAUGUACAUUUUUUCAUAACAUUUUGAACAAGGUUUAUAUUGACUCAAGUUUAAAAAAAAAAAAUGUGUGACUGAAAAAUUUUUACA